AUGGACGAGACUUACUACUUGACCACUCACGAGACGGCUUUGGCCGUCGUGGCGACAGCGAUGAAGAAGGCCAGACUCCGUAUAGAUACACUAGCUCUCAGCUCGCUCAUGGGAGGUAUCUUAUUCAGUACUGGAGGUAUGCUCUAUGUGCUAGUGGAGUCAUACUGUCCAGGAUUAAGAGAAUCAAACCCCGGCAUCAUAUACCUUAUACAAGGAGCUUUGUUUCCCAUUGGACUUUUCUACGUGGUGAUAAUGGGUGUUGAUCUUUUCAACUCCAACAUACUCUUCUUCAGUACAGCAUUGUGCCGGGGAGCAGUUUCCUUUUUAGACUUAUUCAUCAGCUGGUUCGUUAGCUACUGGUUGAAUCUUGUAGGGAACAUUUUUGUUUGCUAUAUCAUCUGCCAUUAUUCGCAUGUAAGCCAGGAGCCCAGUUUCAUAGAGGGCUCUAUUACCGUCGUGGAGACAAAAGUAAAGUUUUCAUUUGUAGCAAAUCUCAUCAAGGCUAUCGCGGGAAACUUCUUUGUCUCCUUAGCUAUAUACUUGCAGUUGAUGGCGAAGCCACUCCAUGUCAAAUUGAUCAUGAUGGUGCUUCCAAUUUUCAGUUUUGUAGCCAUGGGCUUCACGCAUGCUGUGGCAGAUAUGUAUUUACUUAUCAUGGGCACUAUCAAUGGAGCACCCGUUUCUGUGGGUGAACUUGCUUGGAAAUUGUUUUUGCCUGGUGCCUUGGGAAAUAUCAUUGGAGGUUCCUUCUUUGGCGUAGUGAUUACUUGGUACUUACACUUGGUUGUAGUAGAAAGGGACCAGAGACAAUUGCAUUUGCCUCAGUAUGAGGUCAGAGACGAACAACCCGAAUUGGGUAUGGAUUCUAGGGUCGUGAGACAACAGCCUUCAGUAGAAAUCACAGAAGAGUUCCCUACUUUGGAAGAGAAGCUUGGCGAAGAACGUUUGUCGUCUGACUCCAGCAAUUUAGAAGUCUAUAGACUGAGACUGAGACUCAUACUGAGCGAUUUGGCCAGGAUAUCUUCCAGAGCAACGGGAAUCUCACGUAUAACCACAAGAACAAUUCGUACUGCUAAGAAAUCUCCGAAGAAUGUCUUCCCAGUGUACGGAAUGGGUCCAGCAUCCCUGAAAGACCAAAAAAUCGCAUCAGGUAGAGACGACUACGACGAUAAUGACACUAAUUCGAUGUACUCAGCAAGUCAAGAGUUGGGUCCUAAUGAGGUGCCUUCGGCUGAUUACAUAGGUGAACAAUUAAGAAAAGUAAUCUCAAGAAAAGGAUCCAGCGCUGGAAGUAAUUUGAGACGGAAAGUCAGCGAUUUGGAGUCUCAACGC